AUGGUCUUCACGCCUCCAUCAUGGGUGCCGGAGCUCCCAAUCGACCCUCCAGACUCCAUCGCGCUCUGCGAAUUCAUGACGAGCGAGGCCUAUGGCCGCCUUCCAAUCAGCAAAUCAAGAAACCCGUUUACUUGCGGUAUCACGGGAAGGACAUAUUCUGUGUCUCAAGUUCAUCAACGAGCUGAUUUCGUCGCCCGUGCAAUCGCCAAAAGACUCGACUUUUCACCGAACCAAGGUGUUGAGUGGGAUAAAGUCGUUUCCAUCUUUUCCGUCAACACUGUUGACAAUUUUGCGGUCACGCAGGCUGUGCACCGACUGAACGGCAUUGUUACACCCGCGAGCGCUGCUCACACCAUUUCAGACUUGACGCAUCAAUUGAGGUCAUCUGGAGUCAAAGCACUCUUCACAUGCGCUAGUCGGCUUGAUAUCGCCGUCAAAGCAGCCAAGACUGUUGGUAUUCCUCAAGAAAACAUAUUCAUUCUAGCUACGCCGGACAAUGACUCAAAGCUGCCUUUCACUACAUUCGAUGAUCUCGUGAAAGAGGGCGCAAAUCUUCCAGAGUUGGAGCCGCUGAAAUGGGUCAAAGGCCAAGGUGCGAGGCAAGUCGCCUUUCUCUGCUAUUCCAGCGGAACGUCUGGUCUUCCGAAAGCAGUCAUGAUAUCCCAUCGAAAUAUCAUCGCCAAUGUCCUCCAACUCACAACUUACGAGAGUGUUUCGAGAAAGAAGGAUGGAAUCGAGACGCAAGCAUGUCUCGGUGCUCUUCCCUUCAGCCACAUCUAUGGACUCCUCAUCAUUUCCUUUGCCAGUACCUUCCGAGGUGACGGAAUCAUUGUGCUGCCUGAGUUUGAUCUUGAAAAGGCCCUGAUUGCCGUUCAGACAUACAAGAUUGCUCACAUGUUUGUUGUCCCACCGAUUAUUAUCCGCAUCAUCCACAACAAGGCCUUGUGUUCAAAGUAUGACCUGAGCUCUGUGCGCUGGCUGUAUGGAGGUGCUGCGCCCUUGGGACCCGAGGUACUCAAGGAGGUAAAACGACAGUAUCCAAAGUGGCGCGUAGGACAAGGAUACGGGUUGACCGAAACCUGUACAGUAGUUUGUACCAUGUCCGAAGACGACAUCGACGAUGGCUCCUCCGGCUCCUUGGUGCCCUCGACGAAGGCCAUGAUUAUCGAUAUCGAGACGGGCGAAGAGAUCACGGAGUACAACAAGCCAGGCGAACUUCUAGUCCAGACACCGUCUCUGGUUCUGGGUUAUUUGAACAACGAACGUGCUACGUCUGAGACUUUUAUCUGGAGGAAGGACGGCCGCUGGAUUCGAACUGGCGAUGAGGUUUUGAUUCGAUUGGCCCCUUCUGGCAAUGAACAUUUGGUCAUCGUGGACAGACUUAAGGAGCUUAUCAAGGUCAACGGUCACCAGGUUGCCCCAGCAGAGCUUGAGGCCCACCUCCUUUCACACCCGUACGUCUCGGACUGCGCCGUCAUCCAAACACCCAACGAAAAGGCCGGGGAGGUACCUAAAGCAUACAUCGUCAAGUCAGAUGCUUGUAGAGGGCAAUCUGAUGAUGCUGUUGCUCGCGCAAUCUGUCAACAUGUUGAAGAUCACAAGCCGAGAUACAAGUGGCUCGGAGGUGGUGUCGAGUUUAUCGAGACAAUCCCAAAGAGCCCCAGCGGUAAGAUUCUGCGAAGGUUGCUGAGAGAUAAAGAGAGGGAAACAAGGAAGAGUUUGGUGGCAAAGCUUUAG